AAACACAAUUUGGCAAUGAUACGCUUACUCUCACUGUCACACUGUUGUUUCUUGUUCAUUGUUUCUGCAGGGUUGAUCUCAAUUGCGGACAAGCUCGGCCUGCGGCUGCUGGCGCCCCGCAAGAAGAUCAACAUUCUUCUGAUCGGGAACCACUCUGCCGGGAAAAGUUCUUUCAUUAAUUGGUAUAUCGAGGAACAUGUCCAGAAGACGGGGGUUGCCAUCGAGACUCAGGGAUUCACCUUUGUCACGAGCGGUCGCAAGCGAGAGUCACUCACGGGCAAUGCAACGCUUCACCUGUACCCCCACUUCAAGGAACUGGCGCAGUUGGAAGGCGUGGUGGAAUACCUGACGACGGAGAUCAGCACGUCCAAGCAGAAGCGUUUCAGUCUGGUCACCUUCGUGGACACGCCGGGCCUUGUGGACGGCGACAUGAAGUACCCAUUUGACGUGGACAAGGCUAUCAUCUGGCUGGGCAACUUAGCGGACCUCAUCUUCGUCUUCUUCGACCCCAUCGGCCAGGCCCUGUGCAAGCGCACCCUCAACCUGGUGGAGAGGCUGAACGAGACCCACGCCGACCGCAUGAAGUUCUACCUCAGCAAAGCCGACGAGGCUGGCCACGAGAGCGACCGGCAGCGGGUGCUGAUGCAGAUUGUCCAGGAGCUGUGCAAGCGCCCCGGCCUGAACCGGACCGGCUUUGACAUGCCGACCAUCUACGUUCCUCAGAGCUCCAGCAAAAGCCGCUGUGUCAACCAGAUUGAGACGGUGUGUGUCCACAUUGAAAAGACCAUCAACCAGACCAUUCAGAACACACUCAACGCACUGGAGAAAGACUGCGAGAACAUCGCAUUUCUGAUUGGAGAGAAGCUAGAACUGGACAGGGUAUCCAAUUCUUACAAUCUUCGGGCCCGAGGUAAGGGCUUCAUCUUCUUCCUACUAGGCCUCCUCCUGCCAGCUGUGCUGCUCGUCAACUUCCUCGCCAGCAACGUCUCCAAGGACAUCUUGGUUUCCACGCUGGGAGAGGGCGGAGCUGAGACGUUAAAUCUCUACUUGCGUCCAGUCGGUUCCAUGUGGGAAUCUAUACCUAGGGACUACCAUCUCUACGCUCUUAUUGGACUCAUAGUGUUCUCCCUUCUCCUGCUUGUGCUGGCUAAAUGGUCAACAAGGCUGAAGCCGACAUUGAAUCGGAAACAGAAGCGAGUGCUGAAUGAACAGAAGGACUUCGUCCAAAACCAUGUCAGGGCAACUAAGGAAAAGCUGUACUCCGAGUAUCUACAGCAGAGUGUUGCUGCCCAUGACCUCAAUUGACCCCUUCUGAUGACCUCUGACCUGACCCGGCCCAACCCAGUUCGGCAGGGCAGGAGCCUGCUGACAAUCUGAAGAAUUUAUUGCUGGUUUAUCUGAUGGUAGAAAGUGUAUCUCUAUUUUGGAUUAAAAAAAUCUUUUGUAUGAGACUAUUUUUACUGGACGGCGUGCAGGUUACAUGUUUUUUCAUUGUUUUUUUUCCUAGGUUAGUUAUCUUUUGCAUUGAAAAAUGAUGAAAUGUUUUGGUAGUUUGAACAAUUUUAGUGAUUCAGUUUAAUUCAGGGUUUAAAAAGUUGAGUUGAGUAUAUUAAUAGUUAUAUAAAUUCCCUCCUCUCUCAGUGACAAUCUGUAGGGAGCUGCCCUAUAUGUCAAAAUCUAUCAGGUGACAGGUUUUAACAGAUCUGUAAACUGGUCUUAUUUCGAUACAAUUCGGGAGAUUUACAAUGCAGUGCUUUGCCAUGGAGAGUUCAUUUUCCAAAUUUACGGUCGACAAAACAUGGCCCAUUUGAAUGAGUUUAAUCCAUAGGGGUGUCUGGUAGUUGAUGACCAGCCUGUACAAAAGCUAUUGAGAGAGGUAGGGUUAGGUUUUUUGA